AUGCAGAUGGAUCAAGUAACACAAGAAGUUGAGAAAGUUAAAAGGGAUUUCCAAGAAACAUACGACCAAACGGUGAAACACAUUGAGUCGAUUCAAGAGUACGGGAUAAAAUCAAGGAUUGACAAUCCCGGCGAAUCAGAAAAGAUAGAUUCUCUGCCGAGAUUAAAUGGGCUGGCUCACGAUGGCCUUAACACGCUUCAAUCACUUCAGUUCAACCUUGAUCUUCUUGCCCCGCAACUUCCCUUCGUUGAUGACGCUGAAAAGGCGCAAUCGUUGGCUCAGUCAUGGGAGAAACAAAUCCAGAGUUUACGGCUGAGUGUAAGGAAUGCUAAUUUGCAAGCAAAGGAAAACAUGAAGAAAACUGCUCAACAAGAGAGGGAGCUUCUUUUGGGAGGUGGGGAAGAGUCUACAACUCGAAGGCGCAAUAUGCAGACGAAAGCAGGAAUGACUUCUGUUGCUGAGAGCAUCACAGAAAGCCUUCGACGUACACGCCAGCUCAUGGUUCAGGAGGUUGAGAGGAGUACAAGCACCCUCAUGACUUUCGAGGAAUCAACAGGAGUAUUGAGGAAAGCCGAAAGCGAAUACAAGGGCCAUCGCUCUUUGCUCUCUCGAACCCGAGGCCUUCUCUCCACCAUGAAACGUCAAGAUGUUCUUGACAGAGUGAUAAUUGUGAUGGGGUUUGUUGUUUUCUCGUUGGCUGUGUUGUAUGUUGUUUCAAAGCGCAUUGGUAUUCUAAAGUUGCAGAGAAAAGUGAUUAGUGCUGUGAAAGCUGGCAUGGCCGGUCAAGAAGAGAUUAUGGCGCCUUUGGUCGGUAGGAUUGAUAUGAAUGUUGUUCCUGAGUUAGAACAAGCUAUGCAUGACGAACUUUGA